AUGCCGAUGCUCAGCCCGAGAUCGAUUAUAUCAGGUCAACCCGGAACCGUUUUGUGGACGUUGUGGACAAUCAUCGCUAGCAUCCUCGCUGCUAUCUUCUUCAAGUCCACGCACCUUGAUUCUCCUCGUCUACCUCCACCCAUCCAAGACCACAUCCCAGAACAUUCGACGCCUCGCCUCACCAUGGCAGUCGCUGCCCUUCAAUACCUCACCGUUCCUGCAGCUACCCGACACACCGCGACAGUAUUCUUUGUUCAUGGACUGGGCGACACUGGUCAAGGCUGGGAACCAGUAGCCGACAUGUUCAGAGCAGAUCCCGCUCUUGCGCACGUCAAGUGGGUUCUGCCACACUCGCCUCAACGACCUGUCACCGCAAAUAUGGGCAUUACUAUGCCGUCUUGGUUCGACAUAUACUCGUUUGGAUUCGAUACUGCGGAAGAUGAAGAAGGCAUGCGGACGUCCGCUGGGUUGAUCAAAGACUUGGUUAAACUCGAAAUCGAGAAGAACGGAAUUCCGGCCAACCGAAUCCUCCUUGGAGGAUUUAGUCAAGGAGGCGCCAUGUCGCUCCUUGCUGGUCUCACUGGGGAGUUCAAACUAGCUGGGCUCACUGUUCUCAGCGGUUGGUUACCUUUGCGCUCUAAAUUUAAGGAUAUGGCCUCCCCUAAUGCGAUCUCUACCCCCAUCUUUUGGGGUCAUGGAAGCGCAGACCCGCUAGUGAAAGCUCAAUUUUCGAAAGAUUCUGCAGACUUCCUCACAGAACAGUUGGGAGUCCCUCUUGCAAAGCCUGGACAACCUGGGGGUCUCUCCUAUAACGUGUACGAAGGCAUGGGGCAUACGACCAUACCGAAGGAACUGGAUGAAUUGAAGACGUUUAUAAAAUCCGUCCUUCCUGCCAACACAAACUGA